CUUUACGCGAYAUUAUUUCUUGGAAGUAUAGCAUAUUUUUUUCUGUAUGGACUUGUCAUGAARAAAUURCCAAUUAUAAAAAUAACCUACGAGAAASAUGAUACACUUCAAACUUUACAAGAUGAAAUCCGGAAAAUCACACUUGAACAGAUUGGAAACAAAGACGAAAACAGCGUUGCACAUUUGGCAAAUAUCGUCAGCAUUCCCGAAAGAGUAAACUCCACAAUUUCACAUUUAGCAAAAUCCAAAUUGCCAUUYACAAYACAAGGCGCUGAAGAUGAAAUUGAUUCCACAGGCAUUGCAAGAAAAAUGGAGGAUUUUCUGUUUAACUUCAGAAACGACAAACAAAUGGAUCAACCUACGUCAACAAUAAAACYGAUUGUUACGACGGAACGAACAGAGACUGAAACCAAGAAAAAAAAWCUUGCAAAACUUAUGGAAACAAUUGAUCGUUUAGAGAAAAAAUCCCGUAUCAAAGAUGGAGCAUUGACGACGUGCCCUCGUCUCAAAAGGGUUGGAGGACUACAUUUUGCGCAUUCUGAAGAACAAGUCUCGUCGUCAAUGAGGGCUAUCGAAAAYGAGCUUACUUUUGUCAAUGAAGGAGGAACAUGGAAGCCAACUUCGUGCUUGGCCAAAAAGGUGGCUAUCGUUGUACCAUUUCGCGAUCGUGAGCAGCAUCUCAUGUUGUUUUUACUUCACAUGCAUCGAUUUCUAAGAUGGCAGCUUUUGGAUUACAAGAUCUACGUUAUUGAACAGUCUUCCCAACGUGCAUUCAAUCGUGGCAUGCUGAUGAACAUUGGGUUCGAGGAAGCGCUUAAACAAGAUAAAUACGACUGUGUGAUCUUUCACGAUGUCGACUUGCUACCUGAAGACGACAGAAAUGACUACAGCUGUCCAUCAUCGCCCAGGCACAUGUCAACUGCCGUAGAUACUAUGGAUUACAAAUUGGGCUACAAGAAAAUAUUUGGAGGAGUYGAGGCRUUCUGGCCCGAUCACUUUCGCUUGACAAAUGGAUUCCCCAACAGAUACUGGGGUUGGGGAGGAGAAGAUGACGAUCUGUAUGUGCGAGUCAUGGAAAAGAAGUCCCUAGGCCUCACGCGGCCAGCUUACCAGAUUGGCCGUUACACAAUGAUAAAACACGAAAAAAGUGUAGAAACGAAUCCACAAAGGCACCAGUUGUUGAGUGAAAGCAAAGAGUACAUGAACGAAGAUGGUCUACGUUCCCUAAAAUAUGACAUUACGAAACAAAAAGAAUUCAAACUUUAUACCCUUAUAUCCGUGGACAUACAGCCUAAUGACGUAAUUAUGUAGUCGUUUGGCGCGUGAAUCCUUCCCAUCCACCCCUUCGAGAGUAAAGAAACGAUGGUGGAUUUGCCACCCCACCCGACAGGUCAAACCCUUUUUGACUCACAAGAAAAGUACAGAAAAUUUCGAGAGCCGUGAAAGCUACGAUGUUGGUAGAGUGGUUUUAAUUAACCCAUGAAAGAAAGUGUCAAAGGGCAAUAAAAAGAGCAUACACAUCA